AGCACGCGCGCUGUCAGCGGGAACGAGCAGCCAGAAAGUGGGAGGGUUUGCGCGCGGCCGUUGUGUUCGGAUUGACUGCGCGCCCCCUCCCGGUGUAGCCGUUAGCUCGGUGUCCGGUCGAUGUUUUAGCGGCGGAGCGUGGACUGGAAGUGGGAUGAUAGUGUUGUAAACGUCGAGCCAGGGUUCAGCGACCGAGAGAGGACCAGCAGCCGCUCCGCCCCGGGACAGAACAGGUGAGAGGCUGAGUGAGCGAGCGAGCCCGUGAGAGAAGCACACACACAGAGAGAGAGAGAGACCAUGGAUCACCAGAGACAGAGGACUCUGUCCACAUCAGGAGAAUCGCUGUACGCCGUGCUCGGGGUCGACAAGAACGCCACUACGGAGGACAUCAAGAAAUGCUACAGGAAGCUGGCACUGAAGUUUCACCCAGACAAAAACCCGGACAACCCCGAAGCAGCAGAGAAGUUUAAGGAAAUCAAUAACGCCCACUCCAUCCUGGUGGACGCCACCAAGAAGAACAUCUACGACAAAUACGGUUCCCUGGGGCUGUACGUGGCCGAGCAGUUCGGAGAGGAGAACGUCAACACCUACUUUGUUCUGUCCAGCUGGUGGGCCAAGGCCCUGUUCGUCUUCUGCUGCCUGGCCACCGGCUGUUACUUCUGCUGCUGCCUGUGCUGCUGCUGUAACUGCUGUUGCGGCAAGUUCAAACCUCACCCGCCAAUGGACCAGGACCCCGAGUUCUAUGUCUCCCCUGAGGACCUGGAGGCCCAGAUGACGGCUGAGGAGAGAGAUGGCGGCGACCCCAUCGUGAUGCAGCCAUCUUCAGCCACAGAAACCACUCAGCUCACCUCUGAUGCCCACCAAAGCUACAAGACCGACGCAUACUAAACACGCACACACACACACACACACACACACACACACACACACUCUCUCUCCUGGAAAUCCCACUCAGCUUCACUCACAAUGAGCUCAGCCCAGAUUUUCCCUUUUUCACGUUUCCAUGUUUGAAUGUCUGAGGUGAAACGAGGAAGAGGAGGGAGGAAAUCUGGAGGAGGAAGAGAAACAAACACUUGCAGUAACGCUCUGGUUUGAACCUCACAGUUUAUUAUUUAUCCAGAUUCACGGUUAAUGUUCAGAUGAAAGUAUAGACAGGAAGUGACACGCUGACUGUCUUAGCUGGGCGCCAGUGAGGCAGCUUCUUCUCAGGUCUGAGGUUUCAUCAGGUAACCAACAGGUGAACAAGGUCAGGGUGAAACGCUGCGUCACUUUUUACCAUCCAGUCACUGGAGGGAAGGCGGGACAAAUGCUAAACCAACCCACCGUCACGGCCUGCUCGUCUAACAGUUUUCACUUCCUCACCGGUGAGAGUUGUUACUAAAAAAGUAACUACACAUACUGCAUUACAUUGAGGAAAAGUAACAAGUAUGUUACCUAAUUACUCACUGAAGAAAGUAACUAGACUAUUUGUUACAUUACUUUCUCAUCACUCUGCAAAAUGACCUGAAACUCAUCGUCUCACAAUCUACGGUGGCCCUGAGAGGUCAAACGCACUGCAACUCAGUGACAAGCUAAUAAUACGUGGCUAAUAGCAAACAUGUAUACGUUACUACAUGAAUCAUGUGAUUAAAACACACAUUAGCUGCAUCUCCCUCACACUGCAGAUCAAUCCUCUGCUUUUUAUUCAGCACGUCUCAGUGCGACACGUUAACGUCUCCAUCACGUCUCCGUCACGUUAAUGUCUCCAUCACAUCUCCAUCACGUUAACGUCUCCAUCACGCCUCCGUCACGUUAACGUCUCCAUCACGUUAAUGUCUCCAUUACAUCUCCAUCAUGUUAACGUCUCCAUCACGCCUCCGUCACGUUAACGUCUCCAUCACGUCUCCGUCACUUUAACGUCUCCGUCACGUUAAUGUCUCCAUCACAUCUCUAUCA